AGAGAGAAGAGAGAGAGAGAGAGAGAGAGAGAGAGAGAGAGAGAGAAGGGUGAGAGAGAGAGAGAUAAUAGUUUCAUAAAAGCCACAUCCGAUCCACGACAUUCUUUCAGCAGUUAUUUUUGUUUCCAUUCCGUCUGCCCAGAAAGUGUUGUUAUGGGAAUAUAACAGAGAGAUAGACAGACAGACAUACCAGUAGGAUGACUACGCUGUUUACGUAAUUAUAAACCCACUGAACAAAAACAUAGACAUCUUUGGAAUGAUGUUUUUGUAGGUGCAGUGCAGGUAGUAGCAUAGGCUGCUAUUUGUCCGUGUGUAGAAACAGAUUCAGUUUGGGUGUAGAGAGGAGAACAGCUAGACAGAGGGGGGGGAUUGAUAAGGAAUCUGAUCAUUAUCUUAUUAUAUUCACCACUGGACAAUUACUGGGGAAGCAAUCUGGAAUGGAAACUUCCUGUGUCCUGUUUCUGUGUGUCUCAGUAUGUGUGUCUCAGUACGUUGCCUAUUGCCAUUCGUAGCCGGCAUCUUCGUGCAAAAUUGCAUUACGUCACUACAUAAUUCUGGUGAAUUCUCUCGCCCACCAAAACAAGGACUUUGACUACAGGCGGCCAGCCAGCCACCCGCCCCGUUAGCUGCAUGGUGUAGUAGAGUAGAGAAGCAUCAUCAGCAUCAACAACAACAACACCGGGAAAUGCAGCUGCUGUAACGGAACUGGUCCCCCACCCACCACCGGCAGAUGGAGUGUGAGCGCGCCACCGCCACGUGACUCGGUCGGUUCGCAUCUGUAGUGUGGCGGAGAAUCUCACUCUGCAUCAUGGCUGCGGAAGAUGUAGCUGCCCGGUCCCGAACCGCCCCCCUCUUCCCCAGGGUACCCUUCUCCCCAGCCCGGCUGCUGUUCCUCUCUCUCCUCUCCCUCUGCCUCAUCCCCUCCCCGUCCCUCGCCCUGCUCGGCUUCCGUCCGGAGGAGACCGGGGGAGAGCUGUCCGUGGACGACGGGGUGCUGAAAGCCACGGAGGGAACCCGCUUCAUGCUGCGGGUCUACUACGCCUCAUCCCCACAGAGGCUCAACCGGACCGCUGGGGCCAGAGCCAACGCCGCUCCCUGGAUAGCAUUCAUCGAGGAGCCGAGGCCGGGGAGAGAGGGGCAGGUCCACCCGAAGCGGAAUAUGUGCAUGGAUAAAAACGCCAGGAGCUCGGAUAUUGAGAUCUUGGGCUCUUUCAAGUCCGCUUCGAGUCAGAACUCCGUGUUGGUGGAAGUAUUGGCUAAGAACCUGCGCAGGGGAGAGAAGAUGAAGUACUAUUCGAUUUGCGCCUUCGACGGGUCCAAAUGGGAGCACUACCGGACCCGGGAUUUCUGGGUCGCCGUGGUGGAGCGCGGGGCUGAACCGGACCUCUGGCUUCAAGUGUUAGUAUCGGUUCUGUUACUGGCCCUCUCGGCGCUCUUCAGUGGCCUGAACCUCAGUCUGCUCGCGUUGGACCCGGUGGAGCUCCAGGUUCUGCAGAACAGCGGCACGGACAAGGAGCAGAAAUACGCGAGGAAAAUCGAGUCCGUGCGGCGGCACGGUAACUACGUCCUGUGCACUUUGCUGCUGGGCAACGCGCUGAUCAACGCAGCGCUCGCAGUGUGGAUGUGUCAGAUCCUGGGGAUGACCUGGUUGUCCACCAUUAUCUGCGCGUUUGGGAUCUUUUUCAUUGGGGAGAUCCUGCCACACUCUGUUGCGUCGCGGCACGGCCUGGCCAUUGCGUCCAAAACCAUCUGGGUAACCCGUCUUCUCAUGGUUCUCUCCUUCCCCAUCUCCUACCCCAUCAGUAAACUCCUGGACUUCAUCCUCCAUCAGGAGAUCAGUAACUUUUAUACGCGGGAAAAACUCCUCGAGAUGCUGCGUGUGACCGACCCGUACCACGACCUGGUUAAAGAGGAGCUCAACAUCAUACAGGGUGCGCUCGAGCUCCGGACCAAGACUGUAGAAGAUGUUCUGACUCCGCUAACCGACUGCUUCAUGCUCACCUCGGAAGCGGUGCUAGACUUCAACACCAUGUCGGAGAUUAUGCAGAGCGGCUACACGCGCAUCCCGGUGUUCGAAAACUUGCGGUCGAACAUUGUGGAUAUUCUGUUCGUGAAGGACUUGGCGUUCGUUGACCCGGAUGACUGUACCCAUCUGAAGACCAUAACACAGUUCUAUAAACACCCCAUGCACUGUGUGUUCAACGACACCAAACUGGACGCCAUGCUGGAGGAGUUCAAGAAGGGCAAGUCCCACCUGGCCAUCGUCCAGCGGGUCAACAACGAGGGUGAGGGUGACCCCUUUUAUGAGGUCAUGGGCAUCGUGACCCUGGAGGACGUUAUAGAGGAGAUCAUCAAGUCAGAGAUACUGGACGAGACUGACCUCUACACUGAUAACCGUACUAAGCGUCGUGUUUCUCACCAUGAGAGGAAGCAGCAGGACUUCUCCAUCUUUAAGCUGUCGGAGAACGAGAUGAAGGUGAAGAUCUCUCCCCAGCUCCUCCUCGCCACGCACCGCUUCCUCUCCACAGAGGUGGAGCCCUUCAAGCCAGCCCACCUAUCAGAGAAGAUCUUACUGCGUCUCAUUAAACACCCCAGUGUGGUCCAGGAGCUGAGCUACGAUGACAAGAACAAACUGGCCCCACAGCACUUCCUGUUUCAGAGAAACAAACCUGUUGACUACUUCAUCCUGUUACUACAGGGUCGUGUGGAGGUGGAGUUUGGUAAAGAGGCUCUGAGGUUUGAGAACGGAGCGUUCGCCUACUACGGGGUGCCUGCCAUCAUGCCCACCGUCCACAGAUCCCCCUCCCGUAGCAGUGGUCUGGACCGGUCUGACUCUAUGCUGUAUGGGGGCAGUCUGGGCCAACUCAACGGAGGGGGGAGCGUCUACCUGCCUGACUACUCUGUUAGGCAGCUCACACACCUGCAGGUCAUUAAGAUCACCCGUAGCCACUACCAGAACGCCCUAACAGCCACUCUGAUGGACAGCUCCCCCCAGACCCCCGACACAGACGCCCGGCCCACAGACGGGAACACUCCCGACCUCCCUGUCCCGGAGCAGAGUGGAGACCACCUCCUCCCCCCCAGAGAGACCCGGCCCAGCUUGGCCAGAACCAGAGGACAGCAGUCCUCCGUCCCACACAGCACCUCUCUGCUCAACGAGAAGAACCGCAUCGUCCGCAGUAAAUCAGACGGUCAGAACAGCCCCAGUGACUCCGUGUUCCUCAGGAUGGAUGAGAUCUCGUACAUCAGAGAGGAGCACUCAGACGGCACCAACGACACAGCCUCUGUUGCUAUAGAAACGGACGCCCCCUCCUCUUUCAUCAGUGCUCUGUCUCUGAGUGGAUCAGAGGACACACUGGGCAAGAAACUACUGCUCAAACUCAGUCACAAGAAGAGGAAAAAGUCUCGGGAAGGAGACAAGACACCUGAGGAGACAUCAGAGCAGCCGCUGGUCAAGACCUAGCAGUGUGUGUGUGUGUGUGUGUGUGUGUGUGUGUGUGUGUGUGUGUGUGUGUGUGUGUGUGUGUGUGUGUGUGUGUGUGUGUGUGUGUGUGUGUGUGUGUGUGUGUGUGUGUAUAUGGACUAACUCACACUAUCAUCAACAGCCUAUUUCCCUCUUUUUGAUCGUUUGUCAGACGUUUCUGCAACGUUUGUCAGACGUUCCAGUCACUAGUUGACCACUCAGAUGUCCCAACCAACAGACAUUCUAAAGGGAAACAGAAGGAUAUAACAGCACAUAGAAAAGAUAGACCUCAUCUCCCCCUAACACCCCCCCAGUCUCUGAUCUUAGACCGAACCAAAUGGGAGGAACGGAAGCUACCAUGUCAUCAUGAACCUGGGGGGGGGGUUUAUUUUCUUGAAUGUUUCAUGUCGAAGUGGCUAAUGGAUUUGAAGACAAAGGAUGUCAGGAGAAGAGAGGAGGUUUUUGGUUUAAGCCACUGUCACAAUUGAAUUCACCCCCCCCUCUUACAAAAGAAUUGAAUUGGCCCUGUUGGAGCUGUGACAAGGAAACCAAAGACUAUGUAGAUAUCAUCAGUGCACAGAAGAAUAUUCACCAUGCGCCCUUAUAAAGAGCUCACCCAUUCCUUCUUCAGGUGGUUUUAUGGAUGCUGUGUCACUUGAGUUAUUUGAUAGUGAAUGUUUAUUACUAUUCUCUUCUGUCCUCUUUCCGAUCUACUGUCUAAUGGGGGAAUCCUAACUUCACUUGAGUGGAUUUUCAUGCAUUGAUAUCAAUGGGAGACUUAAGUGAAAAAUCUAUUUAGGAUUCACCCAGAAGUUGACUUGUCAGAAUGGACUCAUGCUAUAGUGGUGUAAGGGGUUUAAAAGGACUGGAGACGGUUUGGGGUUUGAAUGCCUUACUAAUGAGAAAGUCUUCAAUCUGCAUGUUUUAGAUACUAGCUGAGCACCAUGUAGAUCUCUAUUCUCUCAGCCCGACUGUUAUCACAACUUCCUCAAACAGUGGGUAUGAGAACUGACCAGUCACAAGAACGGACCAGUCUCUUCCAAAUGAUGUAUAUGAGCAAUACUGAAACUCUUUUACACAGUUGUGAACGGGACACAUCCAAAAGACGCUACUAAUGUAGGAUGUGCCAUUAGGAAACAUCUUGUUGUAGAGAAUACUUAUUUGAUCUGACAAGCUGUACCGUAAGACCCAUGUUUCUCUCCCUCUCUGGGUUAAGACCACGGGUCUCUGCUCUGACUGGGUUUGUGCCGAUUCAGGUUUGUGCCACUGCACCACAGUGGGGGGAGAAAGAUGGGGGCGGAGAGAAAGGGA